AUGACUUCCAACAACGGAAAGAGUGGAGCUGGAAGGACCGCUCAACCAAACCCUUCCUCGAUGGCCUCCAGCAACCCCUCCCUCUUACUUGACAAAUUCAAUGGAAGACGAUCAACACCUGAUUCUGAGGCUUUGGCAAGUUCCGAUGACGAGGCUGAUAGGCAAGAGCAUCCUCAACCCGCCGUCCAAGCCCAGAAGCCAGCACGAAGAGCCUCAUGGUUGAAUGACCCAACGCAACCCGGAGCGCAACCACGCAAGGGUUCAUUUCCAAGCAACUCAAUGUCGCCCACCGCAUCUCAUCCAAACACUCCCUCUACCGAGUCUCGCAAUUGGAAUGCCCACACUCAGGCUGGCUCCGGUGUCGGUCGUGGGCACGCUGGCUCAAGUUCAUUCCCCUGGAGUAGUGGCAUCUGGAAUACUGAGUCGCGGAAGGAGCCUCCUUCUCGAUUGACGGAAGUCUUACCUUCACCAACGUCUACCCAUCCUCCUGGUCCAGUGGGAAAUGGAUAUUUCAAUGAUGGCAACUAUGCUCGAGAUCAGUCGGCAAAUACUACCAUUCCGUUCGCAAUUCCACUUCAUCCGACUCCAAAGACCUAUCGGUCCCAAUCCUAUUCCGUUGGACAACUUGAUCCAGACACACCGGCAGGAUCUUCCGCAUUGACAGGCACAAGUACUGCAUUGACAGGCCGGGGUAGACCUCUGCAACAUUCUGGUCUGCAACAUAGACCUUCACGGCCCAGUAUGCUCAGCGAGAUGUCAAGCGAGGGAGGCCUUAGCAAGCUUAAAGAAGUGGAAGAUGAUGACGACGAUAGCACGAACGGAUCGAACCAUGGGGUGCAGCAUCAAUCAGCGGAAGCAAAGACAAUCGAGCUGCUGGCGAGGGAAAAUGCCAUUCUACGCCAACAGCAAUACCAUAACUCACGUAUCCGGCCUCGCUCAUCCACCUCCAAUGCAUUCUCCCUAGGCAGCGGGUACGGCCUGCAGGAGUCUGUACCCGAGGAAUCCGACUAUGCCAUUGAUGAGCUUGACGAGAUCAACGAACUUCAAGAAAUGUCAUCGAAGGGUUUGUCAGGACGCAGACUUAGCGAGUAUGGAGCCGGCCAAAGCCGGGUCUCUCCAUAUACCUCCCUAGAGAAUAGGAAGCUGGAGAAUGUCAAGAAAGCUUACUGGCAAAGCUCUCUUGGCUUUGGCGGAUUGGCUGACAUACCGCAGAGCAGACGCCACUCUUUUGCUGAUGUCCCAACUAGACACGGGUCGGUGAGCUCCGUUGGCGAACCUCUCUCCCCACAUGAGAGUAAUUUGCAAGAGAGUAUGCCGCCAAAUGAAUACCAAAGCCGAUAUCAAGAUGGGGCUGGCUACUCACUCAAUGAUCAUGGUGAGCAACCUCCUAACAAUUUCGCACUAUCAUAUCCCCGUAACCAGAAGAAUGGUCAAAUUUCGGAGGAAGCUUCUUUCAGAACGUUAUAUUCACAAGAUCGUCCGGCAGCAGCUUCAUAUUUCGGCAGCCUUACGGCUCCGCCGCGGAACACCGAAUCAUAUCCUUCAGCCUAUCCCUCCGCCUAUCCAGCCCAUGGUGUGCCGGGCCAAUAUGGUGGGGGCCGGCCUGCAUCGCCUCAUCGCAGCAUGUACGGUGUUCCACAACCGAUCCAUAACCAACUUCUCUACAUCGUUCUGUUCAAAUGCUCGCGCGCCGAUGUUUUCUAUGUUCAAGAGGGGACAGGACUGUCAGUGAAGCCGGGAGAUCUUGUGAUUGUUGAGGCAGAUCGUGGAACUGAUCUCGGAACUGUCGCAAGGGACAAUAUCGAUUGGGCCACUGCAAAGGAGCUGAAGGAGCACUAUGCGGAGGAACACUACAAGUGGCUUAUGAUGUAUUCACAGGGUGCGGCCGGAAAUUCUGAUGGGACCGGUGCUGGUCUGAUGGCCGCUUCAAAUGGCCUUCAAGGCAGUGCGGUGGGCGGAAUGGGACCUCCAAACCAGCACGGGAUGCAAGAACCGAACCCUGGCGAGAUCAAGCCGAAGAUCAUUAAGCGCCUUGCACAGAACCAUGAGAUUCAGGCUCUGCGGGACAAGGAAGGUAACGAGGCGAAAGCAAAGCGAGUAUGUAUGCAGAAGGUGAAAGAGCAUGGUCUUCAUAUGGAAAUUCUCGACGCCGAAUUUCAGAUGGACUGGAAGAAGUUAACCUUCUACUACUUUGCCGAUGCGUACAUAAACUUCAACUCCUUGGUUACGGACCUCUUUAAGGUCUACAAGACCAGAAUAUGGAUGAGCGCUAUCAAUCCAGCUUCAUUUGCUAGCCCGUCACUCGGCCUUCAAGCUCCUUCUGGCAUCGGUCCGGGCGCCGUUGAAGUGGGUCAGAACACGCAGGGUGAGAGACGCCCACAACCAAAACAAUACUCAUUUGGCGUUUCUCAGCCUAGUCGUGGCUAUACAGGAGCUUUUGCGCAACCGUUCGCUUCCGCUCUAAAUAGGGGAGCAAUGCCACCGAACGGGCUCCCACCAUCGGGCUACACCUAUGGUUAUUCUCCAUUUAACGCCGCCCCUCGUAAUGCCGGGGCCUCAGCGAGUGGCUACACCCCCAUGACUGAUCCUUUUGGCGGCUUCCCUGCCUCAAACGAUUAUCAGGGACCCCCUGGCCGGUUCCCUUCCCCGCCCGGUUCUACGUCGAAUAAUGAUGCCAACGAUUAUGGCCGCCAAUCUUCUGGACUCGGGUCUCCAAACGAGACAUGGCUCGGAGCUUUCCAGGGCCUCUCUCUGAACACUCGUUAG